AUGAUUGAGGAAGAAUGCUUAUCAAGUAUGGUGGUCAAGACUGUUCUUUGGGCACCAGGCUGGGAAGAGAGUGUUGAUUUAAAUAAUAAUGGCCAUGCAUCAGCUUCUCUUGCAUCCAAAGAGAAACGUAAUUUUACAGAAACAGAGCGUCAGCUCAUCCAUAAAGGAAUGGAUUUAGUUGUUGGUAUUCCUGAUCAGAAAGUGUCUAAUAUGCCAGAUUACGUUAAUCUCUUAACAACACCAAUUGCAUCUUACACAACUAUGCACUGCAUUGUCAGAAGAACUAAAGGAAGUGUUGAAAAGAUAACAAUUCAAAAAGAGAAUGAGCCUAAUGCACCAAUUUUAUUACAAGCAGAAAAAUCAACAAAAAUUAAAGAUGCAGUCUGGAUAAUUACUUCACCAAUAUGCGAUAUAGGUGAAUGCAUAGUCUACAAUGGAGGAAAGCAAUCUUUCUAUUGCGUUUUGAAUGACUUUGAAGAAGUUGCAGUUAAAUUCAAGACAAAUUCCAAAGCUCCAAACUUAUCUGCCUUAGAUGUAAUAUUACCAGCUCUUGUACGUGAUUCAGGAUCAAGAACGCCAAUUCAUUAUACAGGAAAUUCUUCAUUCCUUGUAAGUCAAGCAAAUGCUGAGAAAAUGUCCGCAGAUUGUGUCAGAAUUUCAUCUAAAGAACCACAAAAGAAAGAUAAUAGAUACGUUUUGAUGUUUAAUGGCCGUGUUAAAAGCGCAUCAAAGAAGAACUUCAUUUUAAUCCUUCCAUCUAUGCCAACAAGAGAUCUCCUUCUCUGUGGUAAACGUGCUGACUCAGAGUACGUAUUUGAUAUGAAUUGGCCUCUCUCUCUUGUCCAGGGAUUCGCAAUUUAUCUCACUUUCUUCAAAUGA